UGCAAUUGGGCUUGACUAUAAAAAGGCCGUUUUAGUGGGCCUAAAUAUAAAACUAGGUGAUCUAUCUCUGUAAACCCUAAUCAUUCACCCCUGAAUUUCUAGCUCUGACUCGAUUGAAGGAUAAAUUUCGGAUACGUGAUAAUCCCCAUCUCGCGAGUAAUUUGUGUUUAAUUCUUCGUUUGUAUACGAUAACCAGAAUACAAGGACCGAAACUACAUUGUACCGAUGGGAAAAACCAGCGCGCGUUCUGAUGGGAAGUCGAGUGCAGAUCGCAAGUUCGAUAAGAAAUUGGAAUUUUACGAGAAGGUCAGAGCAGCACUUCAAAGCAAAGCCAUUAGUAAGGUGCAAAAGCAAAAGAAACGAAGCAGGCAAAAGAAACUAAAAGUAUACGAUCUGUCUUCCCUCACGGAGUGCCUCCCUGAAUUAAACGCUCCCUCGUCAUCAGCACCAGCUGAAUUGAAACUUAAUUGCAAGAGGAGAAAUGACCUAGUGCUGAAAGAGAGUAAUAAGUUGAAGAUGGUUAUCAACCAUCCGGUUUACCAGUCGGAUCCUUUAGCUGCCAUUUUUCAACAUUUGCAGAUGACACAGCCUGCCACUGAUAAGAAGCCUAAGAAAAAGGAUGGUAAAGCUAGAAAAAGUAAAGUGAAAAAGAAAAAGAAAGUGACGAAAGACACCGAGUCGAUGGAUAUAUAAAUGCAGGGGCUUGGAGAUGUCAAGGUGUUCUUCUGAAUCUAUCAGUAAAUUGUGAAGACAGUCAAUUUCUGUUAGGACUUCGCUGCAGUAUAACUAAGAACAGUGAAAGGAGAUUUAUGUGCCUGAAUACAGGAAAUGGAUUGGGAUUCCUUUCUUUGGGGAGGUUCUUGCUUUCUUUGGAUUACAUCUGGCAUUGUUUAAUACUGAAAACCUUUGUUUGGAAGAUGUAAAUCAGCAUCAUCGUAGUUGUGCAGAUGUAAAUGCAUGAAGUGUAACAUGAUCUUUGUCUUGUUGGUUGGGAUUUUCUUGCUACACCUUUCAAGCUUGAGACGUUAUAUUUGUAACUUUGCCAAGGAUACACUUACAAUUAAAACCAGUUUAGAACCAA